GCCUCAAAAGACAACAUUGCACAAGCCGUGCGCCAACCCCUCUCAAUUCACUUACACACCAAGCAAACCAUUAAAUAUUCCUUACUUAAAUCUCAUCUCACUAUAAUUGUUUAACCAAACAAUCAAUGUCUUCUAACAUUUCGUCUUCUUCUUUAUUCUCCUCCCAUCCUCAUCUAACAACUUGGAGCAUGGAAGACUUCAAAAAUCAGGCCGCCGGUUGCGCCGUGCUUUCGUGCUGCUGUCCAUGUCUUCUGCUUCAGCUUGGAGUCUUCAUCUUGUUCAGGUUGCCUCAAAGGCUGGCGGUGAAGGUGAAGAAGUUGGUGGUAGCAAGGAAGAUUAAGAAAAGGAAGGUGGAAAAGAAUGAGGGGAUGGAAGAAGAGGAGAUAGAUGUUGAUGGAGGAGGUGAAGUUGCUGUAGUUAAGGUUGAAGGAGAUGAGGAGGUGUGGGAGGUGUUGUUGGGUCAUGGAGUUUUCUGGUUUGGAAGCUUUUGGGGGGAGGGUGGAUCUAUGGAGAAUGUUGAGGAGAUCCAAUUAUGUAGGUUGGAGGCCAUUGGAGCUAUUGUGGGUUGGGCUCGGAGUUUGGAGGAAGGAGAAGGUUGCUACGAGAAGAGAUGAUGAAUUCAGGAGUUUUGCUCUGGUUUUUGGU